AUGUCUGACACGCUGAGAACUUCAACUGGAUCGUUCAUAUGUUCGGACACCACUUACCAUAGCGAGCGUAGGAGUGAUGAUCUGAUGACGGAGCAAGAUGUAUCCAAAUCAAAAGAUUGGUACAAGUUUCAAAUUGACAAGAACCGUCCUUCGAAAAGAAUUUUCUUCGAAGAUUUCAAAAUGACUCCCGCUGUCUACGUCCUAGGCGGGAAGGGUGGAAACAUCAACUCCAAUGAGGAGUGGUCUCAGGAUGACGGAAAGCAGUGCGCCAAAAAGACGCAAGGUUUGAACUCGUUCGACAAAAUUUUCGGCGGCGUGAUUGAAAUGCUGAACAACGAAGAGCCGUUCCUACCAAAGUUGAAAACCGCCGACGAAACAACUGCAUCAGAAACCUCCAAAAUGCUCGCUCCUUUCAUUCCUGGAUUGGGAAACGUGAAGAAGCCACACCCGAAACGCCUGGAAGAGGAUUUGCAGACCAAGCAGAGAUUGCUGCAGACUGGUGUGGAAGAAGAAUCUGAUGAAGUGAAGCGUGAUCUGUUGAACAGAACACAUAAGAAGAAACUCAGCCAGGUUAGGAAGUACAAGGAAGCAGACAUCUUCUGGAAAACUGCCUUUCGUGAGCAAGUUGUUGAACCUGGAACUAUCUUGGGUGUUGAAAACGUGUUGCCGCCAGAUUUCAGAAAACUUCCGAAAUUAAAUAAAUUUGUUGCUCAAAGUGAUUCAUCAAUUGCUCAGUCGGCAAUAUCAAAAAACUCAAGGAAUGAAAUAUACAAAGAACCAAUUUCUGUUAUUUCGCCGCGGAUGAUGAGAAAAAUCUACGGAAGCAAAAAUUAUGCUGAAAGUCUAAUUUCAGCUGACGCAAGCUCUGUCACAGAAUCUACUCGCAUUGGCGCCAAGCAAAUACUACAACAGCUGGCAAAAAGAAGAGAAGCCUUGGAUGAAAACAAUAAGCCGAAAAAAUCUGGACUGGAGAGGAGUGAAAGUUUGUGGUAUAGGAAAAACAUCACUGCCAACCAGUUCAUGAGUCGGGAUGUGUGA